AUGUCUAGCAGCAAGGAUGGCAGCAAAGGCAUGGGGCGGCGGCUUGCCAAGCUGGCCAAGCCCGCACCGGUUCCCUUUGGCAGGGACCCACGGCUGUCCCGUUACGUCAGCACGCGUGCUUUCAACCGCCCAGAGGGCUUGGGGGUCCAGGAGGUGCUGCGGGGGCUGUCAGAGGCAGUGCGGUCCAACGACAAGAAUGCGCGGCAGCAGCUGGGGGGGCUGCUGCUGCGACUCUUCUUCUUCGAGGAGCUGCCGCCAGAGUCCAUGCAGCUGGUGGUGCCGCUGUUCCAGGCUCAGGGCAAGGAUGUUCGGGCGUUGCGCAGCCUCUACUACCUGGCUGAGGCAUACGUGUGCUGCGGGUCGGCGGGCACGCCCACGCUGUAUGAUCCCACGCUGGCGGGGAGGCGGCCGGACGAGAAGGCGCUGCAGGCGGUGCUGGGGGAGGUGUGGCGGCUGCUAGAGUCGCCCACGCUGGACCCGGCGGUGGCACGUGCAACCUUCUUCCUGGCAGCCGCUGCCGCACGCAACAACCCGGCUGCCCGCAAGCAGCUGGUGGCCCAAGUGCAGCGGGCCAUCUCCGCAGCCGACGAGCAGGCUUCCGCGGGCCCGCUGGGCAAGACGCCGCGCCGCUCUGCCGCCACGGACUGGGACCUGCAGCACACCGCGUUUGCCACCAGCCGGCUGGCGGGCACCACCACCGGCGCCGACGAGAUCAGCCGCUCGUUCGCUGUGGGGGUGGGCAGCGGGGACGCGGUGGGGGCGAGGCACGCCCUGGCGCUGGGGUUGGAUGUUGCCUACCGGGAUGCCGGGUACGUGGUACGGGAGAUGUACCAGGCAGUGGCGGAUGCCUCGCAGCAGUACGAGGCCUCCGGCCCGGGGCCGGUGGCCACCCCAGGCCAGGGCGUGAACCUGGAGGACAGCUUUGCGCGGCUGCACUUGGCCCGCCUCUGCGCCGCCGUGGUGCACUCCGACCAGUCGGCCACCGAUGUUUCGCGCGACGGCGCGCCCUUCUGGCACAUGCUGUGCCUGCUGGCCACUCGCGACCCAGCCGACUUGGUGCGGUUUGGCGCCAUCGAGGCGAUGACGGGCGUGGCGGCGGCGGCCGGCGCUGCGCUCAACUCCAGCAAGCCGGGCAGCAGCCGGGAGGACACGGUGCAGCGGCAGCGGCGCGGCCGGGCCUGGCGCCUGCUGGUGGCGCAGGCGGGCAUGCAGGUGACGGUGCCUGGCGCCACAGACAAGGGCGCCAUGAAGCUGGUGGACGUGCUGGGCCGCCUGCUGGUGCUGGCGCUGCGCAAGGCGGGCGGCAGCGCGGCGCGCUUCUGCGUGGCGGCGGCCGCCGUGGCGUCGCUGGCGGAGUCGUGCCUGGCCUCCCAGACUGUUGGCUCCACCCGCCACGGCAGCAGCCCCGACGUGGACCGCGUGCUGGGGGUGCUGGCAGGGGAGCUGGGCGGGCUGGUGGAGGCCAGCCUGCCCGCCGCGGAGCGGUGCGCCGUCAUCGAGGCGCUGCUGUACCUGCAGGCGGCGGGGUAUGCCACCAGCUUCACCCCCGCCAAGCUGGUGCAAGCCGGCGGCAGCGGCGGCGCGGCGUGGCCAGGCGGCAUGCAGGACGCGCUGCUAACGGCCGUGCUCAAGUGCGCCAAGGCCAAGCCCAAGCAGGCCACCACUUUCCUGGGGUAUGCCACCGCGGUGGUGGGCAUCGCCCCCUCCGGCAUCGACCUGGCCAAGAUCACAGACCUGUGGGACGCGGCGGUGGCUGCCGGGCGCGAGGGCCGGGCCGCGGUGCUGGCUGUGGUGAUGGCGGCGCUGGCCAGCCCCCCGCCGCCCAGCACACAGGCGCGAGCGGGCAGCAGCGGCGGGGAGGUGACGUGGGCGGCGAGGGAGGAGGAUGGCUGGAACUCCUUCGUGUCCACGGCGGCCUGGUGGCUGGGAGAGAACGCCAACACGCUGUGCGAGGAGUGCUGCGGCCGCAAGCUCACCCCGACCGCCAUCCCCGCCAGCAUGCGCGCCGCCGCGGCGGCGGCCAUGGCAGCGGCGGGCCCCAAGGCUGCGCCAGGCAGCGACGGCGAGGAUGGGGCGGCAGGCGCGGCAGACGGGGAGGAUUCGGAGGACCGGGAGGCGGAUGCGGCCGCUGCUGCCGCCGCCGCAGCCGCGGCGGCGUCGGCGGCGGAGCUGCUGCAGGAGUUUGGGGGGCGCAGCCCCACCCUUAGCCGCAUCAUGCUGGCACUCCAGGACCUCAUGGUCACCGCCGUGUGGCAGCUGCGCCUGGCGGCGGCGCAGGCGCUGGCCAAGAUUGCGGUGCGGUCGGGCGAGCCGUACCGCCUUCAGUGCUACAGCAUCCUGGCCGCGGCGUGCGGCGCGGGGGGUGGCGGCGCCGCCGCCGACGCGCUGGGCGUGCAGUCGGCGACGCGGCCGGCGCUGGCGUUGCUGGACAAGAUGUAUGCUGCGCAGGCGGUGCUGGAGCAGCUGUGGGCGGAGCACGGCGAGGAUGUGGAGGGGUGGCCCAAGGAGGUGGUGGCCUCACUGGGCAGGCGCAACGCUGAGCUGGCACGCCAGGCUGAGCGCUACGUGUGCUCCGUGCCGCGAGACCGCUACUCUCUGCUGGGCUACCGGGCUGCCCUGGUGCUGGCGGCAGACGCCGAGGCGGGAGACCAGCUGGCCUCCUUCCUGAGGGGCACCUCGGAGCCGCAGGAGGAGAUUGACAAGCUGCUGUCUGGCGGCAGCGCGCUGGGCGGCGCGCCCUCAGACCCCUGGGGCCUCGGCGGCGGCGCCUUCAACGCCUUUGCGGAGCCCGGGGCGGCGGCGGCCGAUGCCACCUUCCCCGCGCCCGCCCCGGCAGCGCCCAGCCCCGCCAGCACGCCGCGCUUUGGCGGCGGCGACGACUGGGGGGCGCCGCGGGCGCAGUCGCCGGGCGGCAGCAGCGCGGGCGGCGGCGGCGGCGGGUCGUGGUUUGGGGAGCAGGGCGGCGGCGGCGGCGCCGCCGCCGCCAAGGCCGUCGGCACCGGCACCGUACUGCACACGUUUGUGGGCGACUACAACCAGCCCGAGGAGCUGUCUGUGUUUGAGGGGGACAAGGUGGAGGUGCUGGAGGAGGCGGAUGGCUGGAUGCUGGUACGGGACCCGGGCGGGCGGGAGGGCCUGGUGCCCACCUCCUACCUCCAGCUGGACGCCCUGUACCAGCAGAAGCUGCAGUCGGCGGCCGCCGCCGAGGCGGCCGCCGCCGCGGCCGAGUACCAGCGCAAGGCGGCGGGCACGCCCACGCGGGCGCACCGCCGCGGCGCGUCGGUGGACUGGGGCCAGCAGCAGGGGCAGAGCAAGGAGGAUCUGCUGGACAACAUCUUCUCCUCAUACACGGCCAGCCCCAUGCCCGCCAUGCCCGAGGAGCAGCCCGCCAGCUUCGGCGACUCAUCCUCCUUCCUGGGCGGCGGCGCCAGCAGCAGCACCUACGCCGCCGCCGCCGCCGACUACGGCACGGGAGGCUCGCUGUCGCCGGUGGCGCGGCAGGACUUGUUCACGGGGGUCACGGGGCGCACGGACUCAAUGUGGGCGGCCCAGCCGCUGCGCCAGGACAGCCUGCAGCGCUCAUCCGACGCGUAUGGCGAGACGGCGGCGGGCGCCUCGCCGCGCGGCGGGGUGGGCCGCCAGGCAUCCAACGCCGGCUCCGGGCCCACCGCCGGGCACCACCGCACGCCCAGCGGCGCCUCCUCCUCCCACCGCCGCACGCUCAGCGCGGCCAGCAGCGGCGGCGGGUUUGGCGGCGGCACCGACUUCUUUGACCAGGGCUCCAUGCCCAACACACCCAGCCGCGUGGAGGGGCCCGAGCGCAGCGUGGUGGCAGGUUUUGUUGGGGAGCUGGAGGGGGAGCUCAGCGUGGAAGCCGGGGAGCGGGUCAAGGUGCACAGUGAGGUGGAUGGCUGGGCGCGCGUCAUACGCCUCUCCGACCACCGCACGGGGCUGGUGCCCUCCUGGGCCGUGGGCGCCGACUGA